AUGACACUGGGGCCCACGGAUUCCCACCUCCCUCAACCGGCUCAUCCUCCCCCAAAUCCCCAAAUCCACUCCUCCCCGCUGGCGCCGGCUCUUCUUCUCCCUCCGCCGGCAUGGUGGCCUUGGUGGCGGAGGCCUCCAAGCGGUGGCGGUGGCGGCGGCCUCGAUUGCAGCGGUGGCGUCGUCCUCGAAGAAGAAGUGGUGGCGGCGGCGUCCCCAACGUCGACGAGCUCGGCGUCGACCUGGCCAAGGCGCCGGCCGGGAGGAGGAGGUGGGGGAGUAGAUCCGGCCGGCGGCUCAUCCUCGGCGGCCGCAGAGCCCGCUCUCCCUCUCUCCAGCCCCUCACGGCGGCGGGAUGCAUCCCCGGCGGCUGUGGCUGGCGCGCCGGCGGGAGACGUCCCCGGCUGCUGCGGCGGCGGCGGCCACCACUGCCCGCGCCGCCGCUCCUCCUCCCAGUCCGUCGCGCCUCCUCGCCUCCCACGCCGCGGGGAGGAGGGAGCAAGAAGGCGCCGCACCCACUGCACGCAGCGGCGAGGAGGAGGAGGAGGAGGAGUAGAUUCGGCGGUUGGCCACCACCACCGGCCUCGCCGUCGCGUCGGCUGCCCCGUGCCGUUACUCCUCGUCGCGGUCCACGGCCUGCUGCUGGGACUUCUCCGGCGGGACGGCGAUUUCGCAGAUUCCAUCUCCCACGCGUGCGCUAGGGCAUGGCAACUCGGAGACACGACCUUCACAGCGCAGGCGUGGGUCGAUUUUCCUCCGCCGCGCGUCCUUGAGGUGGUUGAGGAACUCGUCUCCCAACUAAGGAGCGAGGGACUACGCAGGGACGCGGUGCUGCGCGACACGUCGGCAUUUUUCCUAGUUGGCACCAGAAAGCAACGCUCCACCUCAUCGCACUGUCUGAUCGGACGGAUGCAGAUCACCAAAGGGUGUCGGAGUUUUAAACUCCGACGUUGGUAACAAGAACGCCUUUGCAUGCGAGAAUGCUAAUGGGCGAUCAGGCGCAUCGUGCAUUCGUGCCCGUGCCUGAUCCCUGCUCCUUUGUUCAUGGAGGCCUUCCUGCGGCACGGCCACAGCACAAGACACAUCCUGCAUCAAUAUGACACUAUCGCUCCUUCAACGACGCCAUCAGCGACGAGGCUGUACUAUUGACAGCAAGAAGAGGCCACCGCCUCAUUCGUGCCUCGCCUGCGCUGGCGACGACGAGGAAUUGCUAGAAGUCCGGGACACCAACUUCCUACGAAUGGCCGGCAGAAAUUAAGUAGGGAGUCGGAGCCCCGCAAAAAGGGGAAAAAAAACGCUCUUUGGAAAGAGCCUAUAGCUAGCACCUCGGCAGAAGUAGAUGUUUCAGAGUGAUUGUACACUUAGGCCGUGUUUAGUUCCUCCUAAAUUUCUAACUUUCCAUCACAUCACAUCGAAAACUUUCCUACACACAUAAACUACCAACUUUUUCUUCAAACUAUCAACUUUCUCCUAACUUCUUAACUUUUCCACCAUCUAAACACAUCCUUAGGUUCAAAGCAAAAUAGCCCAUAAUGCAAGUCACCUGACCAGGCCAUGGUUCAAAGCAAAAUAGCCCAUAAUGCAAGUCACCUGACCAGGCCAUUGAUGAAUGAGUCAACACGAUGUUGUCAGACGAUGAUCUACUAAGGGUGUGUUUAGUUCACACCAAAAUUGAAAGUUUGGUUGAAAUUGAAAUAAUGUGAUGGAAAAGUUAAAAGUU